AUGGAUGAGUCUGGGAUCGCAAGACCGACCGGCGAGACCGCUCCCACGGUGUUCCACAUCUUCAACCGUCUACCUCCCGAACUUCGGUUGAAGAUAUGGGCAUACCACUUCCAGCGAGGGCCACCAAUCCACCGUGUCGCCUCAUAUGGGAAUUUUUGGGACAACUAUCUAUGGUUCGGCGACCACGUGAUCCACAACAUUCUAACUUUCGAGACCGUCGACUUCAUUGGCAACGACAACGACAUCGGCAGCGGUAUCUAUAACAGCGGCCCUGUCAACGAGGUAGCUGUCAAUAUCACUGCUGAGAGCCGAACCGCAGCAGAGGAAGCGCGACUCUCUGGCACCGUGGCAGAGCCCAUCAUGGUCGACAUCGCCCAUCGCAUGUGGGACGGGGUAAUUCAAGAGGGGUGGCGCCUUCAUCCCUGGGCCAUGCCCAGCGUCAUGCGGAAAAUCCAGCCCAUGAGGGAAGCCCAGGACCGGCACCCCCAGCGCGUCAACUGGGAGCAAGACCUGCUGCUCCUGGAUGGGCGCCCCGCGAUCGCGUCCUUGGACCUGAUGGGCGCCCACGCAUGGAGUAGCAAGAUCAGACGGCUGGCGAUUUGGGUCGACCCGUUGAGCAGCCUCUUCAACGAACUGAAGAUUGGCAAUGGGUUAUGGGAGGCAGCAGCGUUACACUCAUUGGAGGAGCUGACGAUGGUUAUGGAUGCGAGCCAGGACUUAAGCCUCGUCAAGCUUGCGGCGGAACCGGACGCGUACGGGCUGAGGGAGCUGCCUCCGGCCACGUUGGCACUGGUCCCCCAUUCAUACAUGCCCCUGUGCAUGCGGUGUACAAUGGACGUCAUCAAGGGUCUGAUGAAACAGGCGAGUUGGAACUGGAAGCAGUGUAGAUUCCGGAUUGCGAUACUGUCUCAGACCUUCAUUGACGCCUAG